GCUUCCUCGGCGCUCGGCUGGGGCGGCCUGGCCCACAAUGAAUGGCCGCCGCGGCUACCACUGCUGCUGAGGCGGAGGCCGCGGAGGCCGCAGAGGCGGAGGCCGAGGCCGAGGCGCAGGGGGGCGCGCCCCGGGCCCAGGCCCGGCCCCAGCUGCCGCUGCGGAGCCCGCCGGGAGGCCCCGGAGCGCGGCCACAGCGCAGCUGCUGCCAUGGCGCAGACCCUGCAGAUGGAGAUUCCAAACUUUGGCAACAGCAUCCUUGAGUGCCUCAAUGAGCAGCGGCUACAGGGACUAUACUGUGACGUGUCAGUGGUGGUUAAGGGCCAUGCCUUCAAAGCCCACCGUGCUGUGCUGGCCGCCAGCAGCUCCUACUUCCGGGACCUAUUCAACAGCAGCCGCAGUGCUGUGGUAGAACUGCCAGCCGCUGUGCAGCCACAGUCAUUCCAGCAGAUCCUCACAUUUUGUUAUACAGGCCGGCUGAGCAUGAACAUGGGGGACCAGUUCCUGCUCAUCUACACAGCCGGCUUCCUGCAGAUCCAGGAGAUCAUGGAAAAAGGCACUGAGUUCUUCCUCAAAGUUAGUUCUCCAAGUUGUGACUCCCAGGGCCUGCACCCAGAGGAGGCCCCAUCCUCAGAGCCUCAGAGCCCUGUAGCGCAGACAUUGGGCUGGCCAGCCUGUAGCACGCCACUGCCCCUUGUGUCACGGGUCAAGACAGAACAGGAGUUGGACUCAGUACAAUGCACACCCAUGGCCAAGAGGCUGUGGGAUAGCAGCCAGAAGGAGGCUGGAGGCAGUGGCGGCAACAACGGCAGCCGCAAGAUGGCCAAGUUCUCCACGCCAGACCUGGCCCCGAACCGGAUGCCCCAGCCAGUCUCAGUGGCCACAGCUACAGCAGCAGUGGCUGUCGUUGCAGUGGGGGGAUGUGUGAGUGGGCCCAGCAUGUCAGAGCGGACCAGUCCCGGUACCUCCAGUGCUUACACCAGUGACAGCCCCAGCUCCUACCACAAUGAAGAGGACGAAGAAGAAGAUGCGGGUGAGGAGGGCACAGAUGAGCAGUACCGGCAGAUCUGUAAUAUGUAUACAAUGUACAGUAUGUUGAACGUUGGCCAGACAGCUGAGAAAGUAGAGGCCCUUCCUGAGCAGGUGGUCCUUGAGUCCCGCAGUCGCAUACGAGUCCGACAAGACCUGGCAUCUCUCCCAGCUGAACUUAUCAACCAGAUUGGCAAUCGCUGCCACCCAAAGCUCUAUGAUGAAGGUGACCCCUCAGAGAAGCUGGAGCUCGUGACAGGCACCAAUGUAUACAUCACAAGGGCACAACUCAUGAACUGCCACGUCAGUGCAGGCACGCGGCACAAGGUCUUGCUGCGGCGGCUCCUGGCUUCCUUCUUUGACCGGAACACGCUGGCCAAUAGUUGUGGCACCGGCAUCCGUUCUUCCACUAAUGACCCCAGACGCAAGCCACUGGACAGUCGUGUUCUCCAUGCCGUCAAGUACUACUGCCAGAACUUCGCCCCCAACUUCAAGGAGAGCGAGAUGAAUGCCAUUGCAGCUGACAUGUGCACCAAUGCCCGCCGAGUGGUACGUAAAAGCUGGCUGCCCAAGACCAAGCCACUGCACCUGGUGGAGGGUGAUAACUACAGCAGCUUCAUCAGCGACACUGGCAAGAUAGAACCAGACAUGAUGAGCAUGGAACACAGCUUCGAGACAGCCAGCCAUGAUGGCGAGGCCGGCCCUUCAGCUGAGGUUCUCCAGUAACAUACACGUGACACCCCCUCACUGGAUGUCACACUCCCUUUCCUAUCACACCCCCACCUACCACCUACCUGGUCACGAUCUACUGUCUGUCCCUCCCCAGGACCUGUGAGGGGGUGCUCCAUGCCCUCUAUCCGGGUGCAAGAGCUGGCUGACCAAGGCCAAGCCAGUGUACCUAGCAGAGGGUAGUGCUUACAGCAGCUUUCUCAAUGACCAUGAGGAAGAGCAGAACUUGAUAGGCAUAGAAUCUUCCACACAGACAGCCCCCUCAGUGAAGGUCCUCCAGUACCUGCCCAGGACCCUUCCAUGGAUGUCACACUCCCCUCCUGUCACACACAUACCCCUACCACCUUAGUCACGAGCUACUGUCUGUCCCUUCCCAGAACCUGCAGGGGUGCUGCAUGCUCCCAGCCCCUCUGCCUCCCUGUCAUCCCACACCUUUUCCCCAAAGAAAGCUGGGCUGGGUCAAGAGAGGACAGGCAUCAGGUGGGAUCUGUGACCUUCCUCAACACUCAGGGGGAGCCCUGGUUCCCCUUCCUCUUAGGCAUUUCCCAGCACCAGGCCCGGCUAGGGGACGGGCAGGACUCAAGAAGAGCCUGCCCCUCACUGUGGCUGCUUGGGACUCCACGGGCCCAGGGGUUCUCUGGACUCCUCCCACCAUCCCCCAGUGCUUCCACGUCUCCAAAAGCGCCUUCCUGUCCCUCUCGUCUGUCCCUGCACCUUGGGGCUGGGGUAGGUGAGGCCAAGAGGGACUGUCUACUUUACAAACUGAGAAAACAAGCCCAAAAGGCUUAGAGAAACUCUAGAACUGACCCUCUGUGACAGCCUCUAUUAUACUCCUCUUAGUCCCACCCUGCUCUGCUUCUGUGGGUCCUCUCAGCCCAAGAGGUCAUUCCAAGAGAGCAGUGCUCCUGUGGGCAGGUGAGGGUCUCAGGACAGGUUUCCAGUCUGGCAGAAUUUGUGGGUGUGCGUGCGUGUGUGCGUGCGUGCCUGCGUAGAGUGUUUGCUUUUAAAAACAUGAAGAUCAAGAGGCAGCAAGACCAGGGUCGGAACCAGGGAGCAGGCUGGGAGACUGCUGCCCUUCUCCCAUCCGACCCUGGGCAGGGCUCCCAGCCCCCACCCCCUGUACAUAACUUUUUGAAACAUUUUUUUAGCGAAUGAAAUAUUGAAGUAUAA